AUGACGAACCAUCACGAUCUGAGUAUCAGGACGAGAAGCGCCUCUCCAACAGUUUCCGAUACAUCCGACAUGAAUGUGCUGUCGACAUCUCACAGCCCGGUGUCUGACUACGAGAUCUUCCUCAGUCAACCAAGUACGCCAACGUUCACAGUAGGCCCAUCUACAUCCCGGCUCAGAGAGGCAAAUAGGCGCUUCGUUCCACGUGGCCAGGCAUCCAAUUUUUCUUCAGCAAGCAGAUCACCCACAAUGCUUCCAAGCACUCCAUAUCCCUCUCUUCGACAGAUGUAUAGAGCGCGUGCCGUACAGGGCAACUUUCCACCAGCAGGUGCGAAAAGUCCUGCGUGGACCGUAGGGCAAGGUGGCUUCGGUACCAUGGAUAUCUUACCUCAGGAGGUUCGACAGAUGAUAUUCGGUCUUGCUUUCGGUAGCCAGCGUGACAAUCCUGUCACUGUCAGGACAUGCUGUGGUCCUGACACAACAGAGCAGAUACGAGACGCAUGUCGCAAGCAUGGUAUCGUCGCGAAGAGGGAUGCUGGGCGGUUCAACAUGCUGCGAGUGUCGAAGGCGAUGAGGGAGGAAGCAUCCUGGGUUGUCUACUACAACACUGCGCUGUUACUAGAUAUGAACGAGACCAUGGUACCAUACAUGUCGCGUUCCCAUUCGUCCAGGAGCCUCCGAAUUGCGGGCAACUCUUUGCGGACCAACGAGCGAAAGUCGGCAUUCUGGCUGAACGCGGCACGCUUUCGCUGCGUUCACCUCCGUGUGCCGGAGGACACGGCCAAGUGGGGUGUGCCAGUGAAAUUCACCAGAUAUCUGCUCCAGGCAUCGAUGAUGUUCUGCAAGCUCUGGGCGGAUGUGCCAUCUGGAAACUCUGGUCGCACUGUAAGGUUCGUGCGCAUCCAUCUCGGCAGCAUGUUUGGGGAGAUGCUACCGUAUAACAUGGAGUCCCAGGCAGCCGCUCGCUAUGGUGAGCUCCUCGACUGGCUCUGCACCCACUCUCCUACCGCAGAGCCAGAUUUCGAUGCACUCGCUUCAGAAUGUACACAUAAUCUGCACUGCAUGCUCGAUCUUGCGGGAAAGCACCAAGCCAGGUAUAAAUGGGACGUCACAGUGCAAACACAUCUGGACAGGAAAGAUGAGGACGGUCUCGACGAGUUGCGCAGGUUUCAGAACCGCUGUGAGAAGAAUGGUGUUGCCAUCAUCCGGUGA